GUUUCGUGUUGUCCUAUAAUGCAAUUUAUCGGUGCACUUGUCAUCUUGCCAUUACUCUUCGACUUCGUACGAGGAAAGGAGGAGGGUGGUACAGACCCAUCAGUUUUGGGCGGCGAUAUGAGAGAGUUCGAGAAGUCCUCUAUCGAUCGUCUUGCACACAUUUAUCACGAUGCUGCGACCAGUGUGAUAUCUAAUGCAUCAGCCGUUACGAAUUCAGCGUACUCAUCUUCUUCCACCUUACCGGACUUGCCGGAUGGACAUGAGCGCAUUAUGAAGUAUCUCUAUACGGUACUCCUCCUAUGUAUGGCUUUCAUAGCGGCAGCGAUGUGUGUACGGAUUUAUCGCUCUGAAGCUCAGCGUCGUGCUAGACGUGGCGUUCCGUCGGAUGAGAUGACGAAGGCCCUCCUAGGGCAUCAUCCGACUACUACCACGGAUGCUGGUGAUGAUGGCGGCGAUAGUGGUGAUGGUGGUCGACCCUCGUCCUACUACCGUGUACUAUAACGAGAAUUGAAUUUUCUAUCAUGUCGGUAUGCUACUGCCAAGUCCUCAACGGUCGUGAAACCAGUAUCGUCUCGAGUAUCAUUUCAAGUUGGAUG